GCUGUACUGCGGGCAUGCGCACUGGGCGUCCCAGCGCCACCGCCCAUCAGCUGAGAAUCUAGCUGGGGGCUCUCGGGCCGGUGGGUGCCUGGGGCCGGCGGAGGAGGAGGAGAAAGCCGAGGAGGUUGGGGUGACUGCUUAGGUGACAUCUGAUGAAAUUAGUGAAUAAGUAAAUCAGCUAUGUCUUACACUCCGGGUGUUGGUGGUGACCCUGCCCUACUGGCCCAGCGUAUCUCUUCCAAUAUCCAGAAGAUCACACAAUGUUCUGUGGAAAUACAGAGGACCCUGAAUCAACUUGGAACGCCUCAAGAUUCACCUGAACUUAGGCAACAACUGCAACAGAAGCAGCAGUAUACUAACCAACUUGCCAAAGAGACAGAUAAGUACAUUAAAGAGUUUGGAUCCCUGCCCACCACCCCCAGCGAACAGCGUCAGAGGAAAAUACAGAAGGAUCGCUUAGUGGCUCAAUUCACGACAUCACUGACAAACUUUCAAAAGGUCCAGAGGGAAGCUGCUGAGAAAGAGAAAGAGUUUGUUGCUCGAGUAAGAGCCAGUUCCAGAGUAUCUGGUGGUUUUCCUGAGGACACCUCAAAGGAAAGGAAUCUUGUAUCCUGGGAAAGCCAAGCUCAACCUCAGGUGCAGGUGCAGGAUGAAGAAAUUACAGAAGAUGACCUCCGCCUUAUUCAUGAGAGAGAAUCUUCUAUUAGGCAACUUGAGGCUGAUAUUAUGGAUAUUAAUGAAAUAUUUAAAGAUUUGGGAAUGAUGAUUCACGAGCAAGGAGAUGUAAUAGAUAGCAUAGAAGCCAACGUGGAAAACGCGGAGGUGCACGUUCAGCAAGCAAACCAGCAGCUGUCAAGAGCAGCAGAAUAUCAGCGCAAAUCCAGAAAAACCCUGUGCAUCAUCAUUUUUAUCAUUGUCAUCGGACUUGUAAUUCUCGGUCUCAUCAUAUGGAGAGUGAAAGGCUGAAUUAUAAAGGAGCACACUGUUGCACUACAUUCUCUAAAUUAUGUACGAAGAUUCCUGUAAUCAUUUUUUUUAUUAUUAUUAUUAUUAUUCUAAAGCUACUGCAUAAAGGAUGGCUCCCAUACUUUGUUAUUUUUAUUUGGCAGGGGGAAGUUUCUUUUAGAUUCAAUCUGAUAUUUUCUAAUACUGAAAGUUUUCUUGGUAUCACUGCUGGCGUAACUUCUGUGCUUUUCAAUCUAGUAACUCUGAGGUUUUGUCCACGAUGUAUAUGCUUUUCAUUUAUAAUUUAUUUGCCCUGUUGACUUAGCUUUUGGAAUCAGUAAAUUUAAAGGUGUGUGUGUGUGUGUGUGUGUGUGUGUGUGUGUGUGUGUGUGUUCGUGUUCUGUGUGCAUCUGUCUCUGUCACAGAGUGACAUGCACCCAGAUUUGUGUGACUUCAAUUAAAAAUGUCAAAUUUGAUUUUGAUAUGGGCCAGCAGAGGAAAUAUUCCCAGUAACGUAGGGAAAAUUAACCCACCUGUUUGUGGUGGUUUGUUUUCUUUCGUUUUCUGGUUCAUAACAGCACAAAUUAUCUAUUUAACUUUUAUUGUUGGUUUUCUCUUAAGACCUUCGUUUACUCUAAAUGAAAUCAGUGAGUAAUUUCCUAGACUAUCUCAUCCUCCUGAUGUGUAUAUAUUAAACAUUUGCUGUAGAUUGCCUAGUAAAAUACUAAGGAUAAUUGUUUUUGCAUAGGACCUGUUUAAGUCUGAUGUUUGCUGGGGUAUGUGUAGUCACUAUAACUGUUAAAUGUAAUUUGGAGGAAGAGUAUGAAAAAUCAGUUCAUACCAUGUUAGAAAUCUGGAGACACAACUUGUUAUUCUGCUGUGUACUUCCACAGCUAUUAGGAUGGAAAAUUAAUUACCUUCCCUGAAAUCCUUCAGAAUUAUGGCUACAUGUAUAUCCUUGGGUCAGAAUUACUUUGGGGGAGCAACUUUCCCAGAAUUAUUGUUUUUGAGCACUAACACUUAAAAUUUAAUGUUUACCUUGCAUACCAUUUUGUACCGUCCUCCAUUAGAAAACAAUUUGGAUGUUUGCCAAUUAACCACUUGCCUUUUUAAAUCAAUGUUGUUUUGAUGCACUAAUCCGAAUACUGUAAAGAAGUUUGUCUUAGUUUAUAGUUUGUAUUUUAUAACAAUGUUCUUAUAUAGCAGUUUGAUAGUGAAGUCAGUGUUUUACAUGGCAAGCUAUGAGACUCCAAAUGGGAACAAAUAAAAUAAUUAAGUAAAAAGCGUGUCUUUGCAACCAGAAUAAAGAUGAUUUUAAAAGUGUCUGGAUAGUU